UGCGUGCGCUGCAGCCUCUGAGUGAGCACUAGCCUGUGGAGAUUGGAGAAGAGGGAGUCCAGUGUGUGCGAGAGGGACAGUCAGUCAGGCUCCAGGCUCGGGUUCUGUUAGGUUCAGGCCAGCAGAGACGCACCGCUUACUCUGUACUCCGACCGGGACUCUCGAUUAUCCCUAAAGCAGAAGGCUUACAUUAUCAGGCUGAAUCCCUACCAUGCUACAUUCAUAUUUCAGGAUUUAAGGUCUCACUGCAGCUGCCGCCGGCUGAUAUUAACUUGGAAUGCCUGCAGCGUCUCUGAAGACUCACCUGUGGAUCCUGUGCUCAGGCGAGCAGAGCCACUUUUGAUGAGAUUGUGGAAGGACCACACUGUCAACCAGAGGUAAACUGAAGUUGGCCAGAAUGUUCUGGGCAUGAUCUGUCUAGAGCAUCCAGUGCCAAAAAACAAGAAGCCACCUUCAACAAGUCCAAAACCCAAAACCUUUUCUGCACGGGAUCAGGAGAUAAGGACUCAGAGAGGGUAGAGAAGGGGUGUAGAGGUGUUGGGCAGGGGGCCGCUGGUGCAUGUGGGGGCAGUGCACAUCUUUUGCUGAAGAGUGGAAGCCCACCUCGCCCAUGCCGUCCCCUGCCCAACCCAGUCUCACCUCCCUCUGCAAUGGUGACAUGAGCGCAUACAUUAAGGAGAAGCCCGUUUUCAACCCAUCUAUUUCGUCUCUUUGGAAAAACCAUACAAUAGACUUGUAGAUAGAGUACUGUGUCUAUCCUGAUUGGUGUGGUCGCAAGGUGAUGAUGCUGAUGUGUGGACGUUUGAGGCGGCUCUUCCGUCAGCUCACGCUGCAGACCAGCCUGCUGCUGCUCUUCAUUUUCUGCAUGGUCAGUGUCCUCAUCUCAGCCUAUUUCUUGUAUGGUGUUAAACGGGAGCUCGAACCCGCAGGUGUUGGAGGUGUGGGGGUCCCGGAAGAAGGUACUGCCGAUUGGGAAGAUCCCCGGGCAACUCCUUCCCCUCCAUCAGCAAGGGUUCUACCUGCCAGAACCGCCAAGCCAGCAGACAUGUCUCGAACAGACCCUGUGGUACUGGUGUUCGUGGAGAGCUUGUAUUCCCAGUUGGGCCAGGACAUCGUGGCCAUCUUGGAAUCUGGGAGAUUUCGGUACCAGACCGAGAUUGCACCUGGGAAGGGCGAUAUGCCCACACUCACGGACAAGAACCGGGGUCGAUUUACGCUUGUCAUCUACGAGAACAUCCUCAAGUAUGUCAACCUGGAUGCUUGGAACAGAGAGUUGCUGGACAAGUACUGUGUGGAGUAUGGCGUUGGCAUCAUCGGGUUUUUCAAGGCUAAUGAGAACAGUUUGCAGAGUGCCCAGCUGAAGGGCUUUCCUCUCUUCCUGCACUCCAAUCUGGGUUUAAGAGACUGCAGCGUCAAUCCCAAGUCUCCACUGCUGCUCAUCACCAAGGCCCGGGAGGUGGAGCAUGGUCCCUUACCUGGAGACGACUGGACGGUCUUUCAGUCUAACCAUACCACUUAUGAGCCUGUGCUGUUAGCUCGGGGACGGAGUACAGAGGCCAGUGGAGCUCCUGGACUCCUUCAUGCAGCUGUGGUUCAGGAUUUAGGUCUUCAUGAUGGCAUCCAGCGGGUACUCUUUGGCAACAACCUGAACUUUUGGCUGCACAAACUUGUACUGGUGGAUGCAGUGAGUUUCUUGACUGGCAAACGUCUCUCGCUGGCACUUGAGCGAUACAUACUGGUGGAUAUCGAUGACAUCUUUGUUGGGAAGGAGGGCACAAGGAUGAAGGUCUCUGACGUCAAGGCCCUACUGGAGACGCAGAACGAACUCCGAACCCAUGUUCCCAAUUUCACCUUUAACUUGGGAUUCUCUGGAAAGUUCUUCCAUGCUGGCACAGAUGAGGAGGAUCUUGGAGAUGACCUGCUUCUGUCCUACAGUAAGGAGUUUUGGUGGUUCCCCCACAUGUGGAGUCACAUGCAGCCACAUCUCUUCCACAACCAGUCCGUGCUAGCAGAACAAAUGCUGCUCAACCGAAAGUUUGCAGAGAUCAGCAUCUUCAUGACCCACCUGUCCAACUACGGGAAUGACCGUCUUGGCCUGUACACCUUCAAGAACCUGGUGAAGUUCAUACAGAUGUGGACCAACCUGAAACUGCAGACUCUCCCGCCUGUACAGCUGGCGCAGAGAUAUUUCCAAAUCUUCCCUGAGGAGAGGGACCCCAUCUGGCAGUUUGAUGAACCUCAUCUCUUUCACCAAACCUCUGAAGACACAGACACCUUUUUCCGCAGCCAUCCAACUGCAGUGUGGAGGUCUUUUGUUAUCCUUGGAACUACUGCUCUUUAUCUGUUCCUGGGCAUGCAUCCCGAUUUGACCAGUAACUACCCCAGUAAGGAGACCUUUGAAGAAAUCCAGUUCUUCAAUGGCCGAAACUACCACAAAGGCAUUGACUGGUACAUGGAGUAUUUCCCUCUACCCUCCAACACUAGCUCAGAUUUCUACUUUGAGAAAAGUGCCAACUACUUCGACUCAGAGGUCGCGGCCCGGCGAGCAGCUGCUCUUCUGCCCAAAGCCAAAAUCAUCACCAUCCUUAUCAACCCGGCUGACAGAGCAUAUUCCUGGUAUCAGCACCAGAGGGCUCAUGAUGAUCCUGUGGCUCAGAAAUAUACAUUCCAUGAUGUCAUCACUGCUGGCCGGGACAUGCCCAUCAAACUGAGAGUCCUGCAGAGCCGUAGUUUAGUGCCCGGACUUUACGCCACACACCUACAGCGCUGGCUCACACACUAUCACCCCAGUCAGAUCCUGGUCCUGGAUGGACAGAUGCUGAGGACAGAACCAGCUUUAGUGAUGGACAAAAUCCAGAAGUUUCUAGGCCUGACAAAUACGCUCAACUACCACAAGAUCCUUGCGUUCGAUCCGAAGAAGGGCUUCUGGUGCCAGCUGCUAGAUGGAGGGAAGACCAAAUGCCUGGGGAAGAGUAAAGGGAGGCGAUAUCCUGACAUGGACGUUGAUUCCCGGAUCUUCCUGAGAGAGUAUUAUCAUGAGCACAACAUUGAGCUCUCCAAGCUGCUGUACAAAAUGGGCCAGCCGCUGCCUAGCUGGCUUAGGGAAGAGUUGCUCCACAGCAGGUAACCUGAAGAGGGGGGUGGGGACACAAUGGUCAGACUCGGACACCCCUCUUUCUGCUCUUGAGGGGACUCACCCUCUUGUCCACCCCUGUAAGCUACUGGCCACGGUGGUUUGUCAAGCCUCCAGCGGCUUUGUGGACCUUCAGUUCAGAGAACUGAGCUUCUAGAGGACAAGACAAAGAGGUAGCGAACGAUGCGCUUAGGUGCACUAGUGGCUCUGUUCCAUUUUGGAGAACAGUGAUGUGCCCAGGACAUAGCCCUGGGGUACACCCGCUACAAUCCUUGGCUCGAACAUGGGAUCACAACGAAGGCUUCCAAAAGACAUUCUACUUGUCUGGAGUGUUGAAGUACCAGGGAGACAUAAUGUCAGAACAAAUGGACAUGCAAUAUGGGAGAGGAGGGCAUAUAUUUCUAUUGGCGGAGCUGUAGGACAUACACACAAGUCCGCAAGAGAUAAUUAAGUGCCAGGGUGGUACCUUAAAGUCAGACUUUCUUUGUUUUCUUGGUUAAAUAUUCUUUUAACACUCAUUUCAUGUGUUGUGUUGCACAACACAAGGCUGUUUGCCUUGUAGUUUCAUUCUUCUGUUUUAAACGGUUUUUAUUUCAUAGGAUAUUGAGCCCAUUCAUUACAGCUGCACCCUCCGGGCUUAAAAUGUGACAUUUAAAGGUGAAAUUUCAUUAUGAUGUAUUUAUGGCUAUUAGUUGCAAAUCCACAGGACAGCUUAAUAAUGCGUGACAAAUUGUGGUACUAAAACACAGAUAAGCUACAUCCAUAAUCAAUGUGACUGUAAAUAUGAAACUGUAAAAAAGCUGGGUAUGUUUUUGGCCCGUUGUAUGUGCAGUAACUGCCUUAAUGCAACUUUAUCAAGCCAAUUAUGGAUAAUUCACUAAAGUAUACAAGCUGAUGUGUUUUGACAGGCCUCGAGGGGCUGAUCUUUUUAAUCUUAAUUCGAAUGAUGAAUGUCGAGAACUG